ACUUGAUAAAAAGAAUUCUGGCUGGUGGCCGUGCAUUGCUCAUUGUGGAGUACUCCAACAAUCACAUAGAACGCAGACCAGCCUAAGCUGACAGCUUGAUAUGCCUUCUUCUGCUGCCUGGUUUUGGGGGCUGUAUGACGUACUAGUCGGUAGUAAAGAUUAAUAUGUAAGAAAUGUGGAGCUAGGAUCAAGUCAUACUCCACAGCCUGCCUGGCAAACUAUGUUUUACUUCUGACUUUGCUCUCUCGCUGAGAACAUUAAUCUGUCAAGCUGGCGGGCUCCUUUGAUAGCAACUUUCCCAGGAGCAUGAUGUGGCAAUGCCACCUCUCAGCCCAGGACUACCGCUAUUACCCCGUGGACGGCUACUCCCUGCUUAAACGCUUCCCUCUUCAUCCUCUUACAGGACCCAGAUGCCCUGUCCAAACAGUGGGACAAUGGUUGGAAAGCAUUGGGCUACCUCAGUACGAGAACCACCUGAUGGCUAAUGGAUUUGACAAUGUGCAGUUUAUGGGAAGCAAUGUUAUGGAAGACCAGGAUUUGUUGGAAAUUGGAAUCCUUAAUUCUGGGCACAGACAAAGAAUUCUACAGGCAAUCCAACUCCUUCCAAAGAUGAGACCCAUUGGUCAUGAUGGCUACCAUCCCACCUCUGUGGCUGAGUGGCUGGAUUCCAUUGAACUGGGCGACUACACCAAAGCCUUUCUAAUUAAUGGCUACACAUCAAUGGACCUGUUGAAAAAAAUCUGGGAGGUUGAACUUAUUAAUGUUUUAAAAAUCAAUUUGAUUGGCCACAGGAAACGUAUUUUGGCGUCUCUGGGAGACCGACUGCACGACGAUCCUCCACAGAAGCCCCCUCGGUCCAUCACACUCAGGGAACCCAGUGGUAAUCACACUCCUCCUCAGUUGUCUCCAUCACUUAGCCAAAGCACUUACACCACUGGUGGCUCCCUAGACGUUCCUCACAUUAUCAUGCAGGGCGAUGCAAGGAGGAGAAGAAAUGAGAACUACUUUGAUGAUAUUCCCCGAUCAAAACUGGAGAGGCAGAUGGCCCAGUCGUCUGUCUGUGAAAUAUGGACGAAUCAGAAUGCUGGAUUUCCUUUCUCAGCGAUUCAUCAGGUUCAUAAUACAGGAGACUGGGGAGAACCUUCCAUUACGCUGCGACCUCCGAAUGAAGCUACAGCCUCAACUCCAGUACAGUACUGGCAGCAUCACCCAGAAAAGCUCAUCUUCCAAUCCUGUGAUUACAAAGCUUUCUAUUUAGGUUCUAUGCUGAUAAAAGAGCUCAGGGGGACAGAGUCAACCCAGGAUGCGUGUGCAAAAAUGCGGGCUAACUGUCAGAAGUCUACAGAGCAAAUGAAGAAGGUCCCUACUAUUAUCCUGUCAGUCUCUUAUAAAGGAGUCAAAUUUAUUGAUGCAACAAAUAAGAACAUAAUUGCUGAGCAUGAAAUUCGUAAUAUCUCCUGUGCUGCCCAAGACCCAGAAGACCUCUCAACAUUCGCUUAUAUCACAAAAGAUUUGAAGUCCAAUCAUCACUACUGCCAUGUGUUUACUGCAUUCGAUGUGAAUUUAGCCUAUGAAAUCAUCCUAACCCUGGGACAGGCAUUUGAAGUUGCUUACCAGCUAGCACUCCAAGCAAGAAAAGGUGGACAUUCCUCCACACUUCCAGAAAGUUUUGAAAACAAACCCUCCAAACCCAUCCCCAAGCCCCGCGUUAGCAUUCGCAAGUCGGUGCAGAUCGACCCAUCUGAGCAAAAGACUCUGGCCAAUCUGCCGUGGAUUGUGGAGCCGGGCCAAGAAGCCAAAAGGGGAAUUAAUACCAAGUAUGAAACCACGAUUUUCUGAUACCCACCGUCCUCCCCUCCUUGCGGUGCCUUGCACGCCAAGCAGUCCAGGAGCAGGUUUUCCUUCGCGCCUCCGUUUCCACCCAGCCUCGGAGGAAGACCGCUCUGUUUGUGGCCUUGACAUGGGCGAGAGGCCGCUGGCCGUUUCUGCGAAGUUCUUUCUGCACCAGUGACAGAGAAUGCAACCAAGACUUUCCAGCCACAACCCCUGAGAGGCAGGAGUUGUAAUGUGUUUCCCCUGACACUCCCAACACCCCGGCCCAACUACAACCCAAGGUAUUUCUUAUGACUCUGCCCCCAGUUACUUGCUUUGCUUUCUUUGGGGUGAAUACCUUUUAAAAACAUCAAAGGGGAUCGCUAAUACUGCCUAAAAAAUCUUGGCUUUCUUUUUCACGGUCAGCCAUUUUAGAGGUAAAAUCAGAACAGAAUGACCCCCACAAAAGCAUCUGUAAGAUCAUUGUUAUCACUGAGUAUUGUUUAAUUAAUCCAGAAGGACAAAAACUAGCCCCCCAUGAUUGCCAAGAAAUUGUUUCCCGAUUUCUAUAUUUGUGGAUUUUCUAUGUAAUCAACUAUGUCAGAUAAAGAAAGCCUUUACAUCUAAUGAUGGAUUCAAAAUUUAAGGAUGAUUUUUUAAAAGUGCAGUUUAAUACACACAGAAAAAAAUGUGUCUUGUAUUACAUAUUUUUAUUAAAAGAAUGUUUCAUUAAUGCAUUGAUAAGAAAACUAGGUUCGUUGUGAGGGAUGUUUUUGCUUUCAUUUCCAAUCAUUGAAUUUCUAUAUGACUACAAAGAAGACUGGCUCAGUUGGGCAAAAUACAGAUGAUACGUAAUGAGAACAGGAGGUUCGGGCAAGCAGCCUGGCGUUGAACCGAAAGUGCUGAUGCAACCACAAAGCCUGCGAAGUAUUUUGUUUUUUGGGCUUUUUUUUUUUUUUUUAAAUCUUCAUAGUAUUUUAAAGAACAUGUUCAAGAAAUAAAUACAAAACAAAUAAAAAUAGGGCUUCUGCUGUCAAGAUUUCCUCCAUGGAAACCUUGUUUGAGAAAGGUGUUAAUAAAAUUCUAUUGCAAAAAUUUUUUUUUCUACAAAAACAAUAAAAAAAAAUAAAUAUAUAUAAAAGAGAAAAUAUUCCAAAGUAAUAAAACUCUUUUCUUGAGAAACAAAAAUAAAUGUUUGCUUACAAUUUGACUAAAUAAAAUUUACUUACAUUUCUUUAAGCUAUUUUAAUUUUUUAAAUGUCUCUGUGGAGUAUUUGUAUGAUACCAUAAUGUAUAUUUCUGUAGAAUCAAAUUAUAUAAACAGUAUCAAUAUCAUUAUAGAAGAAAUUAACAUUUUAAUGUAUAUGGUUCUAAUCGAUCAUAUUGUGACUCAUUUUGAAGUUCAUUAUAGCGAUAUUGAUAAAUUGUGAGAUUGUCUUAAUGUUUUUUUUAUUAUUAACCAAUAUUAUUUUAAACCUGAGAUUAUUGGUUACAUUCAUCAGUUGGUGAGUUUUGAAGAAGGAUGACUAAACUUUAUUUGAAACUGACAAAUGUAUACGGUUUUAGUUCAGUGUUGAAAAAUUUUAAUACAAUAUUAAAUUACUUGAACCGAACAAUUGUUUGUACAUAUUUUGCCUAUUCACUGUUGAUAUGUAUGUAGUAAAUUGAGAGUCAAAUAACACUAAAAUAUGGUACCAAAAGGAAAUUGUAUAGGAGCAAAGUAAAUAGUAGCUUCGCUGGAACAGAAACAUGUGUAAAUAUGCUUGGGCUUCCAGUUAUAAAUUUUGUAAUUUUUGUCAUUAUUUAUAUCCUAUAUUAAAAAAAAAAAAGCACACAAAAUAAAACAGAAGUUGUACAGC